AAGGCAGCUUAGAGUGGCAUCAGUCGUUUCCGGCUCCAAGCAUUCUGGGCUACUUGACCUUAUGGUGGCACCUCCGGUAGAUGUGUCCCAAUUGCCGAUUUGAUUUGGAUUGUCGGGUGGAGAUCCGAUUCGAGGGUCCUGUAACAAAUCCGCAGUGGGGUUGCAGCGGAGCUCCUCCAUCACGUCAAUCGAUUGACUUCUCCCAGAAGGCUUUGGAGGUCUCAUUACACUACUAUUCAUCAAUCUCUUGGAAAGGCUAUCUUGUAUUGUGCUUGCUUUCCUCGUUCCUCAAUACCACACAACAUGUCUUCUUUCUCACGACUCAUCCGUUUCCUUGCCAAGGACGGCAGAGUAUACUAUGGCGAUGCCAUCUUUCCCGGCGUCAACGAUAUCUCCAAGACUAAACAAGCUCGAAUUUUGACUGGUGACAUCUUCGGCAAGCAUGAGGUGACGGAUCAAGUCGUUGAUGUUAAGCAUCUCCUAGCCCCUCUUGCUUUAGAAGAUGUCAAGACUGUCCGAUGCUUGGGCUUGAAUUAUGAGCAGCAUGCCAAAGAGUCGAAAAUGCCAGUCCCCAAGUACCCUGUGCUGUUUUAUAAGCCAGUCACUUCUCUGGCCGGUCCUAGUGAUCCGAUUCCAGUCCACGAGAUGGCCCAGGAAGAGCUCGGUCUUGACUACGAGUGUGAGCUCGUUGCUGUCAUUGGAAAGAGAUGCUCGGACGUUUCCGAGUCCAAUGCGCUGGACUACGUGCUUGGCUACGCGGUCGGCAACGAUGUAUCACACCGUGACUGGCAAAUCAAGCGAGGCGGUGGUCAGUGGUCACUCGGCAAGGGAUUUGACGGCUGGGCCCCUUACGGCCCUGGUAUCGUUUCCAGUAAGGUUAUCAAGGACCCUCAGACCCUGAAGAUCUCCACCAAGUUGAAUGGCAAGAUUGUCCAAGACUCUAGUACUGCUGAUAUGAUAUUCAGUGUCAAGCAGACAAUUGCAUUCCUAAGCCGGGGAACUACACUGCUGCCAGGCGACCUUAUCUUUACAGGAACACCUCAGGGUGUUGGCAUGGGCCGGGAACCGAAGCUCUGGCUCAAGGACGGUGAUGUGGUUGAGGUUGCGCUCGAGGGUGUUGGCUCGAUUACAAACAAGGUCGAGUUCACCAAGAAGGAAUCUGCUAAGCUGUAAAUAUUAUACACAUGUACUGUGCAACAUGGCGGGUGGAUUGUAGUGGCACCUUAUUUUAUGCAUCAUUGAUAAUAUGAGUCACUGAGCUCGAUCCACUCAAGAAAAACGUAGACCGAUGUGGUGGUCACGGUACUUCAACCUGCACUGUCCACGCGUUACCGGGCUCGGUCAACGCAUCUGGAAUAAGUAUUGGCAUUGCUUCGGGGCUGGCCGGACGCUUACUUCGAACUUUGCAAAGGUUGGUUCCCCUCAAAAAUGGUUCCAGGAACCAUUUCGCAAAAUGCUUGUAAGCGUACCGUGGAUAAAACAGAUCUGGAUCAGAUAGUACAAAUACAGAUCCCCUAAGUCGAA